AUGCCGGAGGAGGAGCCGAAUAAGGAGGCGGACUACUCCGACGCGCUGGAGGAGGAGUCGAAGAAGGAGGCGGACUGCUCCGACACGCCAGAGGAGGAGUUGAAGAAGGAGGCGGGCCGGACAACUCUCUCUCUUGCGGCGGCGGCGGCGGCGGCGGCGGCCAGUCGACUCACUGACGACCUCAUCGUGGAGAUUCUGUCCCGGCUACCGUUCUGGUCCGUCUGCCGUUCCAAGUGCGUCUCCAAGGCCUGGCGCGACCUCAUCGCCCUCCCCGCCCACCGCAAGAAGCUGCCCCAGACCCUCGCCGGCAUCCUAUACACCACCUACCCCGGCGGCUACCGGUACCACUUGGCCGGCCUCUCGGGCGAGGCCGAUGGUCUUGAUCUCGACCCUUCGCUCACGUUCCUGCCACAUACGGAGUACAGGUACUUCGGGCUGGAGCACGCCUGCAGUGGCCUCCUCCUCUGCUCCUACAGACCGGACGAUGAAACGAUCCGUCUAGUCGUCUGCAAUCCCGCCACCCGGAGGUGGACGGAGCUGCCCCCUCGCCUGCAGCCGCGGCCAAACACAUGCCCCGAUCACAAGGAAUUCCAUCUCGCUUUUGAUCCCGCAGUCCCGUCCCAUUUCCACGUUUUUGAUUUCGAGUUCCGCCUGGGGAGUCUCCUCACAGGAGCCCGCAUAUACUCGUCGAGAACUGGAGCAUGGAGCCAGAGGGAUGCUGCCGGAUUGGUUGGGGAUGUUUGGCUGACCCAUCUCAGUGUCAUGGUUGGCGGCAUGCUGCACGUUGUCGGCAACCUGUCGGUGCCUGCCGACAGCAACAAUUGGGAUGACGAUACUCUGCUCGUGGCCGUGGACAUGGAGGGCAAGGUGUGGAAGACAAUUUCCGUGCCACGCGGACAGCGUUAUGGUACAGUUGGGUGGUCACAGGGGUGCCUGCACUAUGCUGCUAUAUCUCCAGCUCCUCUCACCAUCGGGGACGACGACAAUGAGGACACACUCCCCAGGGCUGAAGAGGUCGCCAUCUGGCGCCUUGAGGAUUAUGAUACCCAGCAAUGGGCGCUGAAGCAAAGUUUCAGAGCUGAUAAGGUACUUAAACUAGCUGAGGUGGAGUACCAGUUGGUUGGGUUCCAUCCCGACCGCGACACCUUCUUUUUGGUCAGCAAAGGUCUUUAUGAUGGUGAUGCAUGGGAUGCGGCUUCAGUGGUGUCUUGGGACAUGCGUCGCCGCCAAAUUUGUGAUGUCCUUGACCUCGAGAAAGGCAGUUCAAGCCUGUGUCUGCCUUAUGUUCCUCUCUUCUCAUCAGAGCCACUAGCAGAUGCAGAUGGGCACUAGUUCAGUUCGACUCAUGCUUGGGAUUUGCUCCGAUGCAAUGGAAUAAUCAUAGAGACGAAGGGCACUGGAUACUUCGAAUCGUGGCGUCUCUGCUCGCUAAGGUAGCUGUGUACUCCUUCCAUGUGAGCAGGGGAUGGGCUCCUAUGGUGCUAUGUCUUGCAGCAGGAUUCGAGUGCUAUGCUACUGUACGAGAUAUGUUUGAUACAUUGUCGUUGCCUUUAUCUGGUCGUAGCUUGUUAGGUCAUGUUUCAUAACCUCGUCGUGCUAUGGGCGCUUGUCUGGGUGACCUAUAUCUUUGUUGUCUGGAUUGAUGCAUGCAUUCUUGUGGGCUGACAGUUGUUUUAGCGAUUUCGUUUCAAUAAAAUGAAACCGGGGGCGAAAUCUCCUCCAUGCGGGAA